GCCAUCUUGAAUUUCGCCUUCAACUUUUUCCGUUAAGAUGCGUUAAUUUUUUUUACUUUACACAUCUUUUCUUCGUCCCUUUUUAUCACCCUGAUGGAUACUGGGGACGAAGGUAUUUGUGAGGAAUAUGCCUCAUCGCUUGAAGACUUGACUUUUAAUUCUAAACCACUAAUUAACGUGCUCACGAUGCUUGCCGAAGAAAACAGUCAAUAUGCCGAGAACAUAACAAAGCUUAUUGAAAAACGCAUUUGUCAGGUAUCACAACAAUUCAAACUACCUUCACUUUAUUUGCUUGAUUCCAUCGUGAAGAAUGUUGGAGGAGGGUACCUGAAGCUUGUUGCAGAUAUUAUGGAAAAUAGUUUUACCUGUGUAUUUGAAAAGGCAGAUGAGAAGACUCGUCGGGAUCUGUACAAGUUGCGGCAUACUUGGCAGCAGUAUUUUCCAGCGAAGAUGUUGCAUGACUUGGAUGUUGCCGUGAAUAAGCAUGACCCAGGAUGGCCCAUUUCUCCUGCUCCUCCACCAAGUCCCUCUAUACAUAUUAACCCAAAGUUUCUGCCAAAGGCUGAAAAAACUGGUGCAGUUUUAACUGGCAGCAUAGCUACACCCCAGGAGCAUAAGGUUGUUGUUGACCACCAGCAGCGCUUGCUUGAGUUACAGAGACUGCAAGAAGAACAGCUUAAACUGACAGAACUUGAGAUUCAGGAGCACCAGAUGAAAAGAGAUCUUCUUCUCAAAAAGCAACAACAGGAACGAAAGCUCCUUCUCCAACAACAACAGCAGCAAAUUCUCCACUUGCGAUUGAAGCCAGAAAGUACAAAAGACUCAGUACUUUUAAAUGGGCCUCCCAAUUCUACACUAAGUGAACCAGUGUCAACGAAAGCAGAGACUACAGAGAAAAUGCAAGAGACACUUAGUAGCCGUGAUCCACGCAUCCGCCAAAUUGAGCCUGAACCUGAUCAUAUUCCAGAGCCAAAACAUUUUGGUGAUUCUUCACAACAAGAUUUGAAAACUGUCCCAAUCCCCAAGAUAAAAAGUGUUCAGCAUAUGUCUGUGGCAGCCAAUUCAUCAGAAGGCUCAAAUAGAGUUCCUUCAGGAACUCAUCUUGAAAGGGAAGUUACAGGCAGUCCAAAGUAUGGUGACUUGCAAAAACCAUCAAAGCCUAAGAGUACACACAAAAGGCGAAAUUCUGGUGACUGGUCAAGCCACUCACCAAAUCAUGAAAACCACAAAGAUGAGCCAGAAGAUAUUCAAGAUAUCAGAGGGAAAGCUCGAAGGGGAAGAAGAAGGUCUGUUGAAAGGCAGAGAGAAAGAGGAAAAGGUGAGAGGGGAAGAGGUCGUGGCCAUGAACCAGGAAAAAGGGGCAGAGAAAUGGAUCAUGAAAAAACUGAGCGUAGAAUUAACAGAGUGCCAGACAGAGACUCCCGACAUACACUAACUGCUGGGAGACACGAUGAAAUGAAUCAUCCUUUUCGGGAUGAUUUUAGGAAAAGGAAUAAAAAUUUUUUGCCACAGAAAGAGCAUUUAAUGAAUCAGGAAAACUGGAGGAGGAGUGCGGCAGAAAUACCAAAUGUGGAUGAAAGAUCACGGCUUGGAAAACGUGGCCCUGAGGGGCCAUCCAGGAGAGACAGAUACGUAGAUAAAGAUUUCAGGGGUAGCAAAAGUCCACUCUAUGGUCGUGAGGAAUUUGUUCGGAAGGGAAGUCCAGGAAUACGUGAAGAGAGACCAAGGGGAAAUGGAUAUGAAAGAGAACAAUAUGAAAAUGUUGAACACUUUAAACCACAUCAAAGCAGUCAUGAAAUGCAACAAGAUCCAGACUUUCAAUUUAGAGAGGAAGUGCGUGGCCAUCCUCCAGUUCCUUUUCAUGAUGACCCAAGAGAGAGACAUCUGGGAGAACCUCUAUCAAAGAAACCAAGACCUCUUCUCUCAGAUGUAGAGAUAACUGAACUUCGGAACAGAAAGGGGGCACUCCCCAAUACAGGAAGAAUGACACCACCACCUGUUUUCCAUGAAGGUUUCCUUGGAGAACCUAUGGAUAUUCACCCACAUCCUAUGGAUGCUGAACAUCCUCUACCUCGGGAUCAUAACUUUGGGCCUCAAGGUCCAGGAAUGCGGAGAGAAUUUAGACCUCGUACUCCACCUAGGCAACAACAUCCUGGAGAAUGGACUCCAGGGUUUGAAAUUCCACGUGAGCUCAUGUUGGAUCAUCAAAAUGAAAUCAUGAGGCAGGCUGAAAGUCGUCUUCAAGCAGGAGAUUUGACUGUGGAGCAACAUGAAGAUUUAGUGGAUAAACUUCACCAAUUGUAUGAGCUUCAAAGGCAUCCUGAUUCAAUGCUUCUGUCACGAGAGAGCAGGCCUCCACCAAAUUCUGAAUACUUACCUAGACAUAUGAUGUCCUCAAGAUUAGAGGAACCUCCAUUCAGACCAGGGGGUCCAUUGGAUAGGCCAGGAACUCCACCUGAAAUAGGUCCUGGAAGACCAAGAUAUGAUGGUCCUCCAGAGCAUCUCAGAAUACAAAACAGAGGUCCUGCUGCCAUGGAACCAGGCCACAUGAUGAGGGUUGAUGACCCCAGAUUUGAAGCUAACGAACCUGAAAUGAGGAGAUUCAAUGAGGAUUACAGAGGACCGCACACAGAAGUGGAUCGCCCCUCACUUGGUAGACCAUUGCCAGUGGGUGGUCCUUCCAUAAGAACGGACAGACCAUUUGACAAUAGUCCAAGGGUUGAUGGUGGGUUGAACCCUCAGUUUCCACAUGGGAGGCAUGUGGAGGAGAUUGCACGACAUCCAGGCAGUCAUGAAAACAGCCCAGGGUCCGUAGUAACACCCAGCACACCACCAAGGCAGGAAAAAGGCCAAGAAGUACCGAUCACUCCCAACACCAUGAUGGAGAAGAGGUCUGUUGACGAUCUCUUCCGAAAACUGAUGGAUUUCGGAAUAAUCAAGGUGAUGCCUGAACCUGUUAGUGAACCCCCUCAGCAUGUCGCCUUACCAGCUCCCCCUCAGGCUGAGAUACAAAAACCACGACCCCUCCCUGGACCACCGGUUUCUCUUCCCGGCCUCUCACUACCAGCCAUAACUGCAGAACAGACGCAACCUCCAAAAGUGGAGAAACCAGUCAUUCCACCGAUAAAACUUGUUCCCGAGGACCUCAAAAAGCGUCACGAUAGUGUUAUCGCCAGUCUUUAUGAUGGCACGCAAUGUUCAUCUUGUGGGCUGCGGUUUCCUGGUGAAGCUGCAAAGAUCUACCGUGAGCACUUGGAUUGGCAUUUCCGUAAAAACCGCCGAGAGAAGGACGGCAGGAGAGUGGCACACAGGCAGUGGUACUUUGUUGUUAAGGACUGGCUUAAUUACGAAGAGAUAUCGGAUCCAGACGAAAGAGCAAAGAGUUCGUUCUUUGAUAUCAGCAAGGGGGCUGUAGACUCUCCAGAUCCGUUGAAGGAAACAGAAAAGGAGUUUGCAGAUGGUAGCUGUCCUGUGCUUGCUGGUGACACAGAAGCUGAAGCGGAAUGCGACAUCUGUUGCGAGAAAUUUGAGCAAUUCUGGGAAGAGACUAAUGAAGAGUGGCAUUAUAAGUCUGCCGUUCGCAUUGAUGGCAAGACGUACCAUUAUUUGUGCUAUCAAGACGUCAAAGAGGCCCAAAUUCAAACAGAAGAGGACGAAAACGAGCAGGAGAAAGACGAUGAAAACGUUAACACUUCUUUGGAAGAAAAAUCGCCGACAAAAGAUGGAGCAAAGACAGAGCAAAAAUCUCCGCAAAACGGUGAAGCAAAGGCAGAAGUGGAACACGCGGGAGGUCGUGAUAGGGAACCAAAAAUACCUCAGAAUAAAGAGGCGUCCGAAAGCAACCCUCAAAAAGGAGAGACUGAUAAAUCAGAUGCGGAGUCUUCGACAUGUGAAGGAAAGGGCGUGGUUAGUUUGUCUAGUAAUGUUAAUGAAAAUAAAGAAAAUGAAACGAAGGGUGAUGAAACAUAGUCACUCUAAUUCAGGGCAGUUCCUUGAUGGUCGGUCCGUCUUUUGUUAGCAUUUUCAAACUGCCAAAUUACAUAAAAAAGAAAGAAAGAAAAAUUGUUCAAAAUCAUUCCCUCCUUUGUCCCCUGCUUGGAAUCCCAGCUGUUGAUUGUAAUUUCAGUUGUUUCCUUGGCGUGAAAAGCGCGAAAGUUAUUAGAGACUUGUUCUGUGCGCAUGCUUCUUGAAGAGGUAAACCCCCUCGGCAGUUUUGGUUGCCACUGUCAUUUCCCCACGUUCCGAUAAUUUUUUUAUUCAUGAUGAUUAUGUCACCUUAUCGGCGUUCUUGCGCGCGAUGGAAGCCUAACGUAACAUUGAAGCGUCCGGAGCUCCAUCAGAUACUCUUUAUCAAAGAUAAUUCGGACUGAAUUUUGAAGAAACAGGCCGUUUGAAUGGAGUUCAAUUUAGCUAACUCAAGAAUAAAGAUAAUCUUCUUGAGGUGUGGUAACUUGCAGUAUUACUGCCUACCUGAUGUACAAUGCCUACAAGCUGUGGAAAUAAAGAAUUUCUUAGAACUUGCUGCUGUUGAUUUUGUUAUGCUUAUUUCUCAUUAUGUUACUAAUAGCAGGCUAUCGACCUGACUUGAAAUUUUUCAUGGAUUAUUUCUCAUUACUCAACAUUAGACGAGUUGUGCGUGUAGAAUUUCCUCAUUAGGAUUAUUUUCAAGUGGAACUGAAAGCCCGACCGCUGUUUUUACGAUAAUUUUUGUAUUGUGAAGUAGGUAAAACUGAAAACUUUCGCUCUCGCAUGAGUAGCAGGCUCAUUAAAGGAACAAGGCACCUGAUACCCAGACGCGUUUAUGGAAGAAUUGCUUGUGAUUUUCUUCCUUGUACCCCAUUUUACUUGUUUCCUGCAGGACCUGCUACUCAGGCACCAAUUAUGAGGACUUGCGAACGUGUGGUUGUGAUGGUUUCCUUAAAUGUACUCUGAUCACGUGAAUGAA